AUAGGCGGAGUUGACCCUUUGACCCCAAGACUUCCAAGUUGUGUGUUUUUGGAAGCUGGUCGAAAAUGAGUCGUACUCUGCGAAAAGCUGUGGAGGCGGCCAAACAGAGGAAGGAGACUGAGCUAAACCUGCCUGAUGAAGGAGUGGCCAACCUUGAGGACGUCCCAGAGCUCUUCCAACUUGGAAACAUUACUCGUCUAGUGCUCAGUAACAAUCGCAUUGACAAGCUCCCCCCAGAGAUUGCUGAGCUGAGAAGCCUCGAAUAUCUCAACCUUUUCAACAACCAUCUAGAGGAACUACCCAGUACCAUAAGUGCUCUCCCUCGUCUCAGAGAACUAAACCUAGCGGUCAACCGACUUUGUGAGUUGCCUCGUGGUUUUGGCUCCUUCCCUGCCCUGGAGAUCCUGGACCUAACAUACAACAAUCUCACCAGCUCUUCCUUCUCUGCCAACUUUGCCUACCUUGGGGAGUGCCUCAGGGCCUUGUACAUGGGCGACAACGACCUGACUGAUUUCCCACCCAACAUCGAGAAGUUUGUCUUCCUUCAGAUUUUGGUCCUGAGGGACAAUGAUAUUCAGACUAUUCCUAAGGAUCUCCAUAGGUGCACUCGACUGGUGACGCUCCACCUUCAGGUCAAUCAGAUCAAUGUUCUCCCUCCAGAGAUCACUCGCCUGAACUUUACUGGAGAGGGGUGUUCUUUCUACAUCCAAGACAACCCCCUAAUCCACGCCAUUGAGGAUAAGCUGCAGGCUGCCAAGACCUCCUCCACCAAACUACUUUUUGACUAUCUCAAGACUGAGGAGUACAAAGAGAUCUACACUCGUUUCUAUGAGUCUGGUCACAUGAGCAAGGCAAAGCGAGACAGGUCGGCUAAGAAGAGCAGAAAAGUUGUUCAUCACAAACUGCCAGUGGACUCAAAGUAGUAUCUAUAUAGCUCAUACAUGAUACAACGAACUAUUCAUCAUCAUUCUCUGUUCUAGCGUCGUAUGGAUUUCUUUUAGAUUAGUGAACUGAGAAGUAUUUUGACUCCAUUAUAAAUUUUAUGUUAUUCA